GGGCGUUGUCACAUGCUGGCAUGAAAUCAAAGAAACUAUACGCACUUCCAAAGAUUUAUUUUUGGAAAACAAAAAAAAUCCCCCAUUUUCAACGGUCAUAUGUUUCCAUUCAAAAACCGUAGCAAAGCUCUUCCCAUAACCAUUUCAAGAAGCAGAAACUCCAAAAGAUUUGGCAAACACUAGGUCUAGAAGAUAGGAGGGUUUUGUUCGUAAUCAAAUUCCAGCACUAAACAAUGGAGAUUUCUGAGCAGAGUGAAGUGGCAGCAGAGAAAUUUCACUACAAUGAAGAAGAUGAAUCCGAAUAUGAAGAAUGCGAUUCUGAUGAUUCAGAUGAAGAUCCAACAUUUGAGGUUGUCGAUAAGAUUCGAUGUAGAUUUUCAAGGCUAUCCACCAAGAACAAACCCAAAUCACGUAACAUUAAGGAAAUGGAGGAGGGUAAUGAAGAGGACCCAGAUGUAGUAGUAGAAAUGGUUGUGCCAGAGCUUGGUGAAGAGGAUCAGAAAAGUUUUGAGGCUGUUCAAAAGAUCAUAGAAGUUGGACAGGUAGAGAAGCUGAAAGUGGACCAAUGCAAGGUUUAUUUGAGGAAACAUGGAUUGAGGUUGACAGGGAACAAAGAUAUCCUCAUUGAGCGCAUUAAAGAGCAUCUGGAAGGUGGUGGAGAGAAGAAGUAUCCAAUAUCAAGCUUCGUAUUGAACUGCAAAGGUGAUGCAUGCACAGGAGAUGUUGUUAUGUUUGAACAAAAUGUUUAUGAAAUGUUCAACAUUGCAUCUCGAAGUGCUAGUGGUCCUCCAUGUGGAAAGAGGAUUGUUGCAGGCCGCAUCGUGAAAGAAAGCUAUGGUGCUGCAAAGCAACAGCAUACAUUCACCAUUGAAGUCCUAUGGAGUGAAGGAGAGAAACCACUCCCUCCACUUUAUCCCCUCUUAAUCAAGGGCAGAAAUCUUUAUCGGUUAAAGACAAUGAGACAGAGAUGGGAAAAUGAAGGCGAAAGGCAGAAAAUGAUAUCCGAGAAGCAUGCUAGAGGCUCUCUUGCUCGAUCAAAUAGGGAAGCACGUAUACAAUUGAAGGAUAUGAAGAAGGCCAGCACUUCAGUCCCAAUUGUAAAUGUGCCAUCACAAAGGAUUCAGCAGUGGUGUCAGAAUCAUGAACCAAUCAUGAAAUCUAUUCCUUCACAUUGUCAGUUCCAAAGGCAGAGUCAUGAGGGUAAUAAUCCUUUAAGAAGGCCUUUGACAAACAUGAACUGUUCAAUACAAUCCAAAGAUCCAUAUCCAUUUGGAUCCUGUCCUGGUUCAAUGAGUCCACUACGAAGUCACAAUCAUGAGCGAAGCAUGUUUUGUCCUCUGAGGAAUCCAAUUCAAAGGCAAGGUCCUGAACGAAGCGUGAAUCCUAAUUCUUCAAGGCAUGCCCAUAAAGGCAACAUGAAUUUCAGUCCAACGAAGGGUCCAUUCCAAAGGCAACUUUGCCGAUUCUAUGCUCAAGGAAGGUGUCAUUAUGGAGAUCGAUGCAAGUACCUGCAUGAAUAUAGAGGGAAUCAGAAUUAUGGCGAAAGAACGGAUGAAAGGUGGCCAUCUGAUCUUCGGUAUUACUAGCAAAAACUCUUGGACUAAAAAUUUGCAGGUUGAAAAUGGGUUUCAGCUAUCUUGCUGAUUUUUGUUUUGUUGGAACUAUUUGGAAGUGUAGUUUUUUGCAGUCCUCCAUACGUUUGAAUCUCUUGAAAUUUACCCAAAAGCAAGUUUGAAUAUUGCUAAUUUUGGUCUA